GAGGAGAGAUUGCAGCAGGACUGGAACGUCCCGGGUGGGAGGAGGAACGCGAGAGAGAGAGAACCCAUUUCACAACCCCCGAGGAGCAGGGACGGGAGCCGCUGCCGCGGCCCCGCUGCGAUGUUCCCGCCUCUGAGCAUCGGAGGCACGGAUAAGGGCACCGGGAGCUCGGCGCACGCCGCUUCCCGAGCGGAUGGACCAGGAGCGCCCGUGGGGCUCCACGCGCAGGAGAGCCAUGACAGCGUAGGCAGGCGGCGAGACAUGGAUCGCUUCACGGAGUGCGGGACGCAGACGGACGCGGUGGUGGUGCUGUCCCUGGCACAGGCUGCGGUCCUGGGCUUGGUGUCGGAAAACGAGCUGCUCGGUGCCACCGUCAGCCCCGCUGGCUUCUUCCCGGCGCUGGGCGAGGAGUUGCUGGAUGCGGUGGAGCCGGAGGGCGAGGGCCCGGUGGCCGGGGAUGGGCAGGAGGAGGACGCCCUGGAGGCAGGGUCCCCCCUGGAGAAGCAAGCGCGGCGGCGGAAGCGGCCCCCGGUGAGGCUGGUGCCCAAGGUCAAGAGCGAGCGGGCAGAGGACGAGGCCCCGCGUGAGGAGCCGGUGCCCGCAUCGGAGGAGGAGGAGGGUGAGCGGCAUCGCGGGCGUCGGGCCCCGCCGCAGGACCCCGGCCCGGAGCGAGCGGUGCAGAGCAGCGCCGUGAAGAUGAUCGACCUGGGUGCCCUCGGCAGGAAGCCGCGGCGCCUGCGGCACCUGCGCCGGCACGGGCACCUCGAGCUGCAGGGCUCCAAGCGCCGCCUCGGUGGGGCUGGCGGAGCGGACGGCCCCACGGGGGCCCUGAGGACCGAGUGCACGCUGGAGGCGGGUGCCACGUCCCCCGGCGAGGCCGAGGCCCCCGCGUCCCCCGAGCCCGUGAAGAGCGAGCCCGGCUGCGGGUGGCAGGAGCCGGGCGAGCUGGAGCCGGCCGGAGCCACCAGCGAGCGCAACAAGAAGGCGCAGCUGGACCGGCUGGACAUCAACGUGCAGAUCGACGACUCCUACCUGGUGGAGGCGGGCGACCGGCAGAAGCGCUGGCAGUGCCGCAUGUGCGAGAAGUCCUACACCUCCAAGUACAACCUGGUGACGCACAUCCUGGGCCACAACGGCAUCAAGCCGCACUCCUGCCCGCACUGCAGCAAGCUGUUCAAGCAGCCCAGCCACCUGCAGACCCACCUCCUGACCCACCAGGGCACGCGGCCCCACAAGUGCGGGGUGUGCAGCAAGGCCUUCACCCAGACCAGCCACCUCAAGCGGCACAUGCUGCUGCACAGCGACAUCAAGCCCUACAGCUGCCGCUUCUGCGGCCGCGGCUUCGCCUACCCCAGCGAGCUGAAGGCGCACGAGGUGAAGCACGAGAGCGGGCGCUGCCACGUCUGCGUGGAGUGCGGGCUGGACUUCUCCACGCUCACCCAGCUGAAGCGGCACCUCUCCACGCACCAGGGCCCCACGCUCUACCAGUGCCUGGAGUGCAGCAAGUCCUUCCACUACCGCAGCCAGCUGCAGAACCACAUGCUGAAGCACCAGAACGUCCGGCCCUUCGUCUGCACCGAGUGCGGGAUGGAGUUCAGCCAGAUCCACCACCUCAAGCAGCACUCCCUCACGCACAAGGGCGUGAAGGAGUUCAAGUGCGAGGUGUGCGGGCGCGAGUUCACCCUCCAGGCCAACAUGAAGCGGCACAUGCUGAUUCACACCAGCGUCCGCCCCUACCAGUGUCACAUCUGCUUCAAGACCUUCGUGCAGAAGCAGACGCUCAAGACCCACAUGAUUGUGCACUCACCAGUGAAGCCAUUCAAAUGCAAGGUCUGUGGGAAGUCCUUCAACCGCAUGUACAACCUGCUGGGACACAUGCACCUGCACGCGGGGAGCAAGCCCUUCAAGUGCCCCUACUGCUCCAGCAAGUUCAACCUGAAGGGCAACCUCAGCCGGCACAUGAAGGUCAAGCACGGCGUGAUGGACAUCAGCCUGGACAGCCAAGAUCCCAUGAUGGAACUGGCCGGGGCCGACCACGCCGAGCUGGACGGGCAGCAGGAGAUGGACGACUUCGAGGAGGAGAACUCUUAUGGCUAUGGGGGGGUGGGCAACCCUCCGGACGAGCACGCCCUGACGGAGCAGGCCAUGAAGGAGAUGGCGUACUACAACAUGUUGUAGCGCAGGAGCAGGCUGCCGGGGGCUGCGUGGACGUUGUGUGGUAAGCGGAGGUGAAGCACCCGGCCAGGCCCGCACCACCGCCCCUGGAGACAGGGGCUCCAGCUGGGAUUGGUGAGGGAUUAAACUGGGAUGUCCAAAG